GAGAGUCCAUAUCCCGUGCGCGCAGGGUUACCACCUGGGAGCCACCUCGCGUUCUCCCUCGUCUCCACUCCCGUGUCAGAACUUGUGCGUGGACUGUAAAUAGAAAUCUAUCGAUGCAGCUAAGCAGUCUCCGAGCAGCUGCUGUUAUGAGUUUUGCUUGUUCGGUUGAACAAAAUCAAGACGAUUCACCUGAGCUUCUCCACAUUUACAUGCUCAGCGCAUCCUAAUCAACAGCUCUCGAAAACAGAAUGCAAAAAGCUACUAGGAUAACAUAAUCUGUCUUCUAACUAUUCUUAUUGUAUUAAUACUAGCCUAAUAUCACAAUGCAUUUGUAAUAUGCUAUUAUUAGGAUAUGCAUGAUAACAGUUAGACCUAAUCUAAACUUUUGAGAAAGACUACGACCCGUUUCUUAUUGCGCCGAUUUAAAUUAAUCAAUAGCAUCUGUAUUGAUUGUCAGGGUGGUCGUUCACAACGUGCAGGCUUGAUAGCCCACAGACACACCUAUUCGGAGUCGCUAUCAUCCACAGGCGGUCGGUCUGUUGCCUUCUGUUGUGGCUGUCAAUAUGACAGUUCAGUUCACAUGAUAGCCUAUGGACUCGUGUGACCGUUUUAAAAAUUUAAAACUAUGCAUGGUGAAGGAAUAAUGAGUUGACUCGUUAAAAUAUCAUGCACCCGUGAUCAGAUAUGUUUCAUUCCUCGACUCAUCCUUUCUACCAGGCUUAUUGAUAACACUUGUCUAAUUUGUUAUCAAAUAAGAUCUGUUGCACAUCUGAGUUAUGAGGUGUGGACGCGCGGUUAGUAAUCUGAAGGGACUCAAGUGAGUAUAAUGUUCAAUUAGUACCAGAGGUGUGUAAAAAGGUGGGUAGACUUUUUAACCACGGGAUAAAAUCUCAAGGAAUCCGCGCGCUCCUCCGAGUGUUUUUCAGCACCAAGGACAGUUACUCAUGCGCGCCGCAGCUGCGAGGCGCGAAAACUUCAUUCACUCUCAUCCCUUGUCCUUCCUUCCUCAGUAUCUACGAAUUGUGUAAUCGGCACAAAAACACGAUAUUUAUUGAAAGUAUCACCAAGGAUAUGAAGUGCCUGACCUAAUCUGUGUAACCUGUCGGAUUUGGAAUCGUUCAGAAGAGAGAUUCAUUGGACAGGCUGUAAUCUCCAGAACCUUGAAGACAAUGCCAUUGAUGCAGUAGAUGGCCUCAGACAGGACAAAAAAUCUAGCGAUUUGAGAUCUGGUGCCACCGUGCCACGCUUCUCUGUGCCUUGCUAGCGUACUGUACCCUCCCCAGCUUCAGAGAUAGAGGAAACCAAAAUAAAAGAAGCACCAGACAGCAGUGAUCUGACUCACACAGGGCCCAGGGACAUGUCACCGGGGAGGUCCCCUUGGUUGGGGCUGUGCCCCCUGCCCCGACCGCUCCACCUCUCCCACCUCUGCCAACUGUGUAUGUGUGUGUACCUCCUGGCCCAGGCCCCACUGGGUCUCUCCAUGUCAGGUUUCAACACGGACACCAAGAGAGAGAUCACAGUGGACGGAGACCUGAUCAUAGGGGGGCUGUUCCCUGUGCACCAGAAGGGCGAGGGGCCUGAGGACUGUGGGAAGAUCAACGCUCAGAGAGGGAUUCAGAGACUGGAGGCCAUGUUGUUAGCCCUGGACGAGAUUAACAAGGACGAGCACCUGCUGCCGGGGAUACGGCUGGGAGCCCACAUCCUGGACACCUGCUCUAAGGACACUUACGCCCUGGAACAGAGCCUGGAGUUUGUCCGUGCCUCCCUCACCAAGGUGGACGACAGUGAGUACACCUGCCCUGAUGGCUCCUACGCCAUCCAUGACGACGUCCCUCUGGCCAUCUCUGGGGUGAUAGGAGGCUCCUACAGCGACGUCUCCAUACAGGUGGCCAACCUCCUUCGUCUCUUCCAGAUCCCUCAGAUCAGCUACGCCUCCACCAGCGCCAAGCUCAGUGACAAGAGCCGCUAUGACUACUUUGCCCGCACGGUGCCCCCUGACUUCUAUCAGGCCAAGGCCAUGGCAGAGAUCCUGCGCUUCUUCAACUGGACCUAUGUGUCAACCGUAGCAUCGGAGGGCGACUACGGCGAGACGGGCAUCGACGCCUUCCAGCAGGAGGCCCGCGCCCGCCAGAUCUGUAUCGCCACCUCAGCCAAGGUCAGCCGCUCGAUGAACCGCUACAGCUAUGACCAGGUGAUCCAUUCGCUGCGGCAGAAGUCCAAUGCCAAAGUGGUCAUUCUCUUCACACGCAGCGAGGACGCCCGGGAGCUGCUGGUUGCAGCCAACCGAUUGAACGCGUCCUUCACCUGGGUGGCCAGCGAUGGCUGGGGGGCGCAGGAGAUCGUGGUGAGGGGCAGCGAGGCUGUGGCGGACGGGGCCUUCACCAUCGAGCUGGCCUCCUACCCCAUCCCCCAGUUUGCUGAGUACUUCACGGGCCUGAAUCCCUACAACAACACACGUAACCCCUGGUUCAGGGAGUUCUGGGAGAAUAGAUUCCAAUGUAGCCUCCAUGACCUGGGCUGUGGGAAGCACUCUCUGCGGGAUGGCCUGUUUGAGCAGGAGUCCAAGAUCAUGUUUGUGGUGAACGCUGUCUAUGCCAUGGCACAUGCCCUGCAUAACAUGAGGCAGUCGCUGUGCCCCAACUCCACCACCAAGAUCUGUGACGCUCUGAAGCCAGGCAACGGCAAGAGGUUCUACAGGGAGUAUAUCCUGAAGACCAAGUUUGACGCUCCAUUCCGUCCAGCAGACACAGAGAACAUGGUGAGGUUCGAUAUCUUUGGAGACAGCUUAGGCCGCUACAACAUCUUUCACUACCACAAAGAGGACGGACGCUACGUCUACCGUAAGGUGGGCUACUGGGCCCAGAAUCUGACCCUUAACACCAGCCAGAUCGCCUGGGAAGGCCAUGCCGCACCCACCUCCCAAUGCAGCGACCCCUGCAGGAAGAACGAGGUGAAGAGCAUGCAGCCUGGAGAUGUGUGCUGCUGGAUCUGCAUCCCCUGCCAGCCUUACCAGUACUUGAAGGACGAGUUCACCUGCGCCGACUGCAAGUUUAGCGAAUGGCCCCUGGCCAACCUGACAGGCUGCUACAACCUACCAGAGGAGUACAUCCGCUGGGAGGACGCCUGGGCUAUUGGCCCUGUUACCAUCUCCUGCCUGGGCAUGAUGUGUACACUCUUCAUCAUCGGCCUCUUUCUCAAGCACAACGACACCCCUGUGGUGAAGGCCAGCGGGAGGGAGCUGUCCUACAUCCUCCUGCUGGGUGUUCUGAUGUGCUACAGCAUGACCUUCAUCUAUAUCUCCAAGCCCUCCAUGGCUGUGUGUACCCUACGUCGACUAGGCCUUGGCACCUCCUUCGCUGUGUGCUACUCUGCGCUUCUCACCAAGACCAACCGCAUCGCACGCAUCUUCAGCGGGGUGAAGGACGGAGCCCAGCGGCCGAGGUUCAUCAGCCCUGCCUCGCAGGUGGCCAUCUGCGGGGGUCUGAUCUCCUGCCAGCUGGUGGUGGUGGUGGUCUGGCUCCUGGUGGAGGCCCCGGGGGUCAGGAAGGAAGUAAACCCCGAGAGGAGGGACAUAGUCACCCUCAAGUGCAACAGCAAGGACUCCAGUAUGCUCAUGUCCCUCAGCUACAACUGCAUCCUCAUCAUCCUCUGCACUGUCUACGCCUUUAAGACCAGGAAGUGCCCCGAGAACUUCAACGAGGCCAAGUUCAUUGGGUUCACCAUGUACACCACCUGUAUCAUCUGGCUGGCCUUCCAGCCCAUCUUCUAUGUCACGGCCAGCGACUACAGGGUGCAGACCACCACCAUGUGUAUCUCUGUCAGUCUGAGUGGCUCGGUGGUGCUGGGCUGCCUCUUUGCCCCUAAGACCCACAUCAUCCUGUUCCAGCCCCAGAAGAACGUCACCUCUCUCAGGGUGGCCACUACCCGCUUCAGCGUCACCACCGGACCCGGAUCCAGCUUCUCUCAAGCUUCAGCCUCCAAUAUUGUGCCAACGGUGUGUAACGGGCGAGAAGUGGUGGACUCCACGACUUCCUCCUUGUGAAGACUGACUGACUGAGCCUCACGUUCCUCGGCUGACAAACAUUGUAUACAGAGUUCUAUAACCACUAGUCCAGAAUCAGCUGUUUCAGAUAUUAAAGAGGUCACACAGAAGAUUGUCCUGAUUUUGUUGUCCUCUAAGUGCUGUGAGUACAAUGUUCCGAUUCUGUUUCCAUUCUAUGACUAGUAGCGAUUUAAAAAAAAAGAUGCCAAUAAAGAUUCCGUAUCAUAGCCCUUCUUUUUAUUGAAGAUUUUACUUGAGACAUGGAGUAAAUUAUGGUAAAUCUGUUAAAUGUAAUAUAUACAAGAUGUUUUUAAUGUAGAUUUUGGUGAACCGGUUUGUGCUUUCUUGUAAUUUAUGUAAAUAAAAUGUGUUUUGUAUUCAUAUGAAAACUACAUAUGGGUUGACUAUUCUAUAACUCUCAUACACAGGCUGUCUGACUGAAACGAAAUGGGUUGUAGUUAAACUGUCACUCAAUCAAAAGACACAUUACGUAACACAGAGACACCAGGGAGGACAUCAAACUCUAGUCUGUAGAGGCAGAAAGAUAUGAUGUUGCAUGUAAACCUGUUCCCAUACUUGUGCUACCACUUCUCUUCAAUCCCACAGAGCAUUUGGGGAAAGGGGAAUUAAAAAACACUACAGUCUAUGUCCACGCUCCCGUGGUAA